UAGUGACGAUGUGGAAGUCACUCCUAUUUCUGGCCCUCGUGGGCUAUAUAGUGACUUUAUCUUCUGCAGAUACUAUCACAAAAAAUAUAACUAAAAAUGUUUCGACAAUGAGUGCAGCGAAUUCGUCAGCGGCGAGCAGUUCUAGCAAAUCUAGCAAUGGUGACUCUACCAGCAAUACAACAUCAAACGCUUCGUCUAUGGCAGCUUCUAAUACGACUAUUGUUAAAAAUAUUUCAAUAAAGAAAGACGGAGGUGGAGGCGGAGAAGACAGCUCAGAUGGGCCAGAAGCAAUGACAACGAGGAAACCUAAAACUACUACACCAUCAGGAGAAGGCAAUUCAAAAACAACCAAGAAACCACAGACUAAACCUCCUGGUGGUGGAAAUGGCGGUGGAGGAGGAGCUGGUGCAAUGACCACUAAGAAAAACAAUAAACCAACAACUACUACAGCAUCACCCGAAGAAGAAGAAGGUACUGACGAUCAAGAGGGCGAUGAUGGUGACGAGGAUGGUGGCGAUGAUGGUGGCAAGGAUGGUGGCGAUGAUGGUGGAGAGGAUGGUGGCGAGAAUGGUGGCGAUGAUGGUGGCGAUGAUGGUGGCGAUGAUAGUGGCGAGGAUGGUGGCGAGGAUGAUGGCAAAGGUGGCCGUGAAGAUGGUGGCGAGAAUCCGGAAGAAGGCGACGAUGGUGAAGGAGACGGUGAAGGGAACGAUGAUGGUGACGGAGGUGAUUGGGAAAAUGGUGAAGGUGAUGAGGAUGAAACCGAUGCCACUACGACAGAAGCAGGUGACGAAGAAGAGGAAGCAACGACUACAAUGAAGACAACAUCAGCGGCAGCAACAACAAAGAAACCCAAAUCUAAAACUACCACAUCAAAACCAGCACCCACAACAAAGAAACCGAGUCAAACCACACCGGCAGCCGGAAAAAAAACGAGGAAACCUAAAGCUACUACUCCUACGCCCGGAGGUGAAACUACUACGAAGAAAUCCAAAUCAAAACGUACAACAGCCGUUGCCACAACUAAAACACCAAAAGCAAUAACUCCAGUUAGCGCUAAAAAAACAAAUAAAUCCAAAACAACAGCUCCAUCAGGAGGUGCUGUUACAACAAAGAGGCCAUCUCAAUCAGCAACUCCCGCAUCAAGUGGUGGAAAUAAAAAAACCAAGAAACCUAAGUCAACAACACCAACACAGGAAGAGGCUACAACAACGAAGAAACCAGCAACAACUCUUAAAUCAGGAGGAAAAAAGACGAAGAAACCGAAAUUAACGACGGUGGCAUCAGGCGGUGAUGGAACUACAACUAAAAAACCUAGAACCACAACAAGAGCAAGCAAUCAGAAAACAACUAAAAGAUCAAGAACCACAACUACUGAAGCUUCUACUACGCCAGAAGAGGAAGAGGAAGAGGAAGAAGAAGAAGAAUGUGGAGAAGACGAAGUCAUGUCAAAUUGUGCGAACGGUUGUCAAGUAAAGACUUGCGCAGAACGCGAAGAGCCGGGGCAGUGUAUGCAAUCGGUUAAAUGUGAAAAAGGAUGUAUCUGUCAAGAUGGAUAUUUGCGGAAUGAUAAUGAUACGUGUGUUCCAAUAGACGAAUGCGAAGACAGUUCUGAGCCGGAUACUGAUGACGGUUCAACCGAUGAACCUUGUGGUUGCGGGAGAAAUAUUGGCGAAGGUACCUCCAACGGAAGUUGGGAAGACAGCGAUGCGGGACAAGAGGAAGAGUCACCAUGCCAGGGUGGUCAAUCGGACGGUAGUUCAAACUCCGACAAUGAAGACGAAAACACGUGUGGAGGUCAAAACGAAGACAAAGACGAAGAAACUAGCUGGUCAUGUUGUGGUUGUGGAAACGGAGGAGACGAACAAAACCAGAAUCAAGAUGAGGAAUCAAACGACAGAGGGGAGUCAAGUGAAAGCGACGAAAAUGAAAGCGAAGACGAAAACGAUAGUGGUUCAGACGAAUCAGACAGCGACGAAGAUGAUUCAGGAAACGAAUCCGAUGGAGGAGACGGUGGAAGUGAUGGAGAUAAUGGAGGAAGCGAAUCCGAUGCAGGAGACGGUGGGAAUGAUAGAGACGAUGGAGGAAACGAUGAAAAUGCAAACACUACAAAAAGUGGAUCAGAAGGAACUACUGAGGGAGAAGAAGCAGGGAACGAGGAAGACGAUCAAAACACGAACCAAGACGCAGGGGGAGAGUCAAAUGGAGAUGACCAAUCGGACAGUAAUCCAGACUCUGAAGACUCGUGUGGUGGGGACCCCAAUGCAAUGCCGGGGUGUGAUAUCAACUGCGAGAAACGAUGCCCCUCUAGAAAAAAACCCACAAUCUGUAAAUGUCCCAAAACCAACAGCUGCGAAUGUAAAUCGGGAUAUGUCUACGACCCCAAAAGUAAAGGAUGCGUCCGACCCUCAAACUGCGGAAUGAAAUCUGCAUCAAAGUCCAAAGGUAGCUUACUUGACCUGGAUCUAGACUUGAACGCGAGCGUAUUAUAAUAAAGAUAACAAUCAGAUGAAUUAGUAAUGGCAGUUAGUUUUGUACUUUUAUGUUACUCUUUCCAAAUAUAAUUGUAAAGCUUGACGCGCGCUACCAAUGUUUAGUUGUACUCAGAUGUUGUAUUUCUGCGCGGACUAAGCAAUUUAUGUUAGCUAACAAAACGUUACCUAAUACAUAUUAUGAGUAGAGGUUUUAAAGAUCUAGGUUUAAUAACAGUAGGGCAUAUCGUAUAUGCCAUGUGUUUAACAAUUAACCCAUACAAUGAAAUAAUUAAUUACAUGCGCGUGUAGUAUAUAAAAGCAUCACCCGUAAUUAUUUUUUCCAAUGAGACUGUUGCCUGUAGUGAAAUGUAUAGAAGCCAUUAACGCGUUAUUUGUACCAAAUAUAUUCGUACAACUAAGAGUUGGUAGUCUGCGCCACGCUUAAAACUGU